AUGAGUCGGGUUAAUCUCAUCUCACACGUUCACCAGAGCACUCUUACUUCGGGCAUCUUUCCAACCAAAAUCGAGGUCCAACAGUUUUCUCGCCGAUGGGCUGGUAGGGAGCUUAAGCAAUUGCUUGAGUCUCUUCCGUACAGGAAAACCCCCAUCGUUGUAGGCGUGUCGCUGAAGACCAACAGCCAGCAGGACGUCGUGUCUCUGGGCUUUUCUAUUAACGACAGGGUUGUUUCCGUACCGCUCAACGACGUCGCCGGGUCGUUCGGGACCGUCGAUGGACCCCUUCGUGAUCUCCUAUCGGGAAAGGCCCCUUUUCCAAGUAAACUGGGAGAAGACUACACUAACGAGUUUGUGUUGGUGUCCUUCGACAUGGCCCGAGUUGCCUUGCUCAUCCGACAGCACACUGGGUGCCAUACGCAGGGCUAUGACCUCAGUACCAUCCUCGCUCCCAACGCCCUUGCACCGUGGUCGCCUGCAAAGGUUAUCGCACGCCGCGUCUCUGAUCAAAUCGAUGCCAUGAGGGUCAAUGGCUACUGGGAUCGAGAGGAGGAUCAAGAGGCUUUUGUAAUGAGAGCAUGGCUCUCUCAAUGGUAUGAUACCGCUUCCUCCACCUUCUACGAACUGGAAUGCCUGGAAGCAAUGGUCGCCGAGAUUCAUCGUCUUGAUCAACUCAAACCACGAGAAUUCCGCAAUGAGUUCAACAGCUUGUCGAAGCGCAAGGAUGGGAAACUCGAAUUACGGAAUGAUCGAUUCAAGACGCGUGUUAGAAGAAGUUCUCGCCAGGCUGUUGUUAUCACCACGACCUCGGGCAGAGAGCAUACCACUCGGGCCGUUGGUAUGAGAGGAAAGACCACGACCCUCUCCGCGCUCAACAUGAAGAACCUCAACGACGUUCAAAGCGUGCACGUUAUAGGCCGGCAGGAACUCACAAACUCGGAGAGAGCUGCAGAGUUCUUGCUUCUAUCGGUCCUCCAAGGCACCAAGUCGUUCCAGAAAUCCCCUUUCAUCCGUCUCUUUUGGUUCCCAACUUGGAAGAAGUUCAAGCCUCCGGCCAACUCUGUGAGGCUGGACCAAUACCGCGUCGAGUCUGUUCUGCAUAGUGCGCAUCUCAAUGACUCCCAGAGAAAGGUAGUGGAAACUAUCGGGUCGGACGAGAGGUCGAUCAUUGUGCAUGGCCCCCCUGGUACUGGUAAGACGACCACCAUUGCUGCCAUCUCUAGAAUCUGGGACAUGCACGAUUGCCCAGUGUGGAUCGUCGCGCAUUCCAAUGUUGCGGUGAAGAAUAUCGCCAACGCGUUGUUCAAACGCGAUGUUGAUUUCAAGAUCAUCGUGUCCAAGGAAUUCUACGAGGAAUGGCAUGAACAUUUGUAUCUUGCUAUCGAGGCCAAGCUCAUCCGCACGGACGAACUCCCGACAGACCCUGUCGGAUUGGAGCGUGUCAUCGGCGAUUCGUGUGUCAUCUUGUCGACGCUGAGCACCCUCUCCAAUCCUGCCUUGGAUCAGAACAAGAUGUUUGAAUUGGUACCUGUGGAGCGCCUGAUUGUCGACGAGGCCUCGCAGAUUCGGGUGUUCGAGUUUCUCCACCUCUUCGAAAAAUUCCAGAAGGACUUGGAAAAGGUGUACUUCUUUGGGGACCCAUGUCAAUUAUCACCCUUCAACCACGAGAAAGUGCGGACCAUGAAAACGGUGUUCGAUCUUGCCCACCUGAAUACGAACGAGAGACGAUGGAUGUUGAAGACCCAGUAUCGAAUGCCUGUCCAACUUGGACAUUUCAUCUCCCAGGAGGUAUAUGGAGGGCAACUCGAAUCUGUCCACGAUGAUGUCUCUUCGGGUUGUAUCAAGUUUGUGAAUGCCGGCAAUGGCCGCGAGUCCAUGUCAGGGAGGAGUUGGAUGAACGAGGGAGAGAUAUCGACCGUCGUUAACCUCAUCAAGAUUUACUACAACCAUCAUGAAUUCGCCGUCAUCACUCCCUACGACGCGCAGCGAGGGCGCAUCGAAAAGGCGCUCACGGUCAACGACCUUAACUGGAAGGAUAAAGUGUUCAAUCUGGAUAGUUUCCAAGGCAAUGAACGGGACUACAUUAUCAUUUCCCUCGUGCGAACCAACGAAGUCGGGUUCUUGUCCAACCUCAAUCGCCUCAACGUCCUCCUCACACGAUGCAAGAAGGGGAUGAUCAUCGUCACCAACCGAGACUUCCUGAGGACAUCUGGGUAUCACACCUUGGUUGCGAGGCUCGCCAACCAUUGGGCGCGAAUGUUUGGGGAGUCUCGUACCUGGGUGGAUUGGAGGGAUGUCUCGUUUGGCUCGGCUGACAUGCCCGGUGUUCUGGGCCCGAACCGCGGGCGUAGUUCUUUCCAGUUUGGCUCCAUUGUUUUCUCGACACAGUCGAAUUCUGGAAGUGCGCGUGUCCCGGCGAGGUAUCAGGGCGCGUCGGGAGGUUUCGAUACAUCAAAGUUGUGGGCCAACAAAGCGAAGUUUGCUGAGCAGCAAUCCACCAGCUACUUCCAAACCGAUGAAGAGCUGUGGUCACAUUCCAAUAGUUGGAAUUGGCCGGAGACCAGCUCCCAUUCACCUCCAUCCACAUCCAUCGAAACCCCGCCGCGAACCCCUUCCCCCACUCAGUGGCCUUCGCUUUCUCAUAUGCCGAGUUUGCCGAAGAAGAAGGGCUGGGAUAUUCAGCAGAACCCCACAUCCCAGAAGUACUCGCUCGUGAACCGGGGUAAGACACAGCCCCAAGCCUAUUCGACUCAGUCGCGUUUGUAUCAACAGCCUGGUUCCUAUGGAUAUCAAAACACCUCUUUCAACGGCUAUGGGUACACUGCCAAUGUUCGAGCACCAACCUCGACGUGGACAUCCCAGCAAUCUCGUCGCCAGUCUACGCCCACUACAACCAUAACAUUUGUCAACAACCAAGGAUCUUCGGCGACAUCCGCCAGGAAUGUCUAUCCGGGAACCGCUACGUCUCUUCAGUCCACGACUGCGAGCAAACUCAACGCGAGGGCUGCCCCAUUUACUAGCAGAUAUACUACACCCACUCUUGCACCCAGGCCGACUGCUCAUUCACAAAUGUAUCAGCGAGAAGCACAAGCACUAGACGAGGCGGGGUGGACGAGGGUCGAGAGGCGCAAGGGCUUUGGGCGGAAGACGGUUGCUGCGGCUGCGAAGGCUGCUGCACCGGUGGCUCCUCAACAGCCUUCGAAGAGGUAUAUGAAUAAUCGGUACUACUGGGCGGGAAGGUGA